AUGUCGGACAAGAAGAAUGAGGACUACGAGCUGCGCGGGUCCGACUCGUUCGGUGGAGAAAAGGAUGGCUUCUUGUCCCAGCGACCACCUCCCAGGCCAAGAUCAAACCUGGCCUCGCCUCUGAGCAAGAUCGAUAACAGCCCUGGCGUUUCCAUCCUGGCCUAUUGCUUCUCUUCCAUUAGUAUGACUGUGGUCAACAAGUACGUUGUCUCGGGUCAGUUCUGGAAUCUGAACUUCCUAUAUCUCGCCGUUCAGUCCAUCGUUUGUAUCCUCACCAUCGUCGUCUGCAAGAACCUGGGAAUGAUCACGAACCUGGCUCCUUUUGACACGGGAAAAGCGAAGAAAUGGUUUCCUAUCGCGCUUCUACUCGUCGGCAUGAUCUACACAGGCACGAAGGCCCUCCAAUUCCUCUCAGUUCCCGUCUACACCAUCUUCAAGAAUCUGACCAUCAUUGUCAUUGCAUAUGGCGAAGUUUUGUGGUUUGGCGGAAGCGUCAGCCCCCUUUCGCUUUUGUCCUUUGGCUUGAUGGUUCUCAGCUCUGUCGUGGCUGCUUGGGCUGAUGUUCAACACGCGCUGGGUGGCAGCUCGCACACUGCUGAGGCUUCUGCUGCUGUCUCGACGUUGAAUGCCGGAUACGCCUGGAUGGGGAUGAAUGUUUGCUGCACAGCCGCAUACGUGCUCGGCAUGCGCAAGGUCAUCAAGAAGAUGAACUUUAAGGACUGGGACACAAUGUUCUACAACAACUUGUUGACAAUCCCUGUCCUCAUCGUUUGCACGCUUUUGACGGAGGAUUGGUCGUCAGCGAACAUCGCCAAGAACUUCCCCAUCGAGACUCGCAACAGCCUCUUCGUCGGCAUGAUCUACUCAGGACUUUGCGCAAUCUUUAUUUCGUACUGCUCGGCUUGGUGUAUCCGAGUCACCUCCUCUACGACAUACUCCGUGGUUGGCGCUCUCAACAAACUUCCCAUCGCCAUAAGCGGCCUCGUCUUCUUCGAUGCGCCGGUCACAUUUGGCAGCGUGUCGGCUAUCAUUAUUGGGUUCGUCAGCGGCAUCGUGUAUGCGUGGGCCAGAAUUCGCCAGAGCGAGGCGGCCAAGAUGUCUUUGCCAACUACACAACCCAUGAGCGCGAGCUCUCAGAGCAACAAGGAUGCGAACUCGUAG